GUUGUUUCGCAAACCCACAGCCUGACUUUACGAGCUUGACAGACAACAAUGUAUACAGAGAGAGAUAUACGUAUAGAGAGAGUGAGAUAAUGUGAAAGUGUUAUCAGAGAGAGAGAGAGCGAGAGCGAGAGAGAGAGAGAGAUAAUGGCUCCAAAGAAGGCUGCGGCGGGGAGAGUUAACCCGCAGAACGAAGAGGUGCGUUACAGGGGCGUGAGGAAGAGGCCGUGGGGGAAGUACGCGGCGGAGAUCAGAGAUCCCGCUCGGCGGACGCGCGUUUGGCUCGGGACGUUCGAGACGGCGGAGGAGGCCGCUAGGGCUUACGACAAGGCGGCGAGGGAGUUUCGCGGCGCAAAGGCGAAGACUAAUUUCGCGCCGCCGCUAGGAGAUCAUCAAUUUCCUCUCAAUUUUGGGAAGAAAUUGGGAGAAAACAACCAAAAUCAGAGCCCUAGCCACAGCAGCACUGUGGAGUCGUCGAGCCGCGACGGCGGAAUCUUCUCGCCGACACCGGAUCUCGGCUUCCGAGGUCCUCCCGCCGGAAAUCCGGCGUGGUUUCCGUCGAUGAACUAUCCUCCCUCCGGUUCUCCUCCUGUUUUCCCGGUCGCCGUAAAUCUCUCCAGCCAGACGUUAUACCUCGACGCGCUGGCGCGAGGCGCGACGACGGCGAUUCCCCCGCCCAACCGUCACCUGGAGACGGUGGAUUUCCUCGGCGGCGGCGCCGGAACUCCGACCGAGUCAGACUCGUCCUCAAUCAUUAACAAUCAGCCGAAAAAGGGCGGCCUAAACCUAGAUCUCAACCUGCCGCCCCCGGAAACUUGAAGAAAUUGAAUAUCGGUGGGCGUGUCGGCGCCGCCGUGGAAAAUAGGAAAAGGAAAAGGAAAAGCUGAUCUAACUUUUUGGCAUCAGAUCAGAGAAAAUCGAUAGAAUUUACUACAUUUUGCAGGCUGUUGGUUAUUUAGCGGACACGGUUUUGCGUGUCCCCUUAGAUUAUAACCUUUAUCUCGCAAAUUAAAUGUGAUGUGUUUUUGUAUAGUAACAAGAAUUUCUCAGAAAUUCUUGUUUUCAAUUAUCAUUAUUAUUAAUAUAAUUAUUUAAUUUUAGAUUAA